UUCCGUUAACAAAUUCAACGUUUGCCAAUGAAAAUCUUCACCUUUCGCGAGUUGACGCUUGAGAGAAGGAUUCACGAUCGAGUCUCUGAUUUAUGACCAACGACUCGUUCUAGACCGGACCUCGUGCACAGUCGUACAUUGCUAUCUCGUCCCUCAGUCGUCGCGGGAGCCAAGAUGUCGUCGGAGGCUUGCGAUGCCAGCUAUGACAAAGAGCACCCGAGAAACCUUAUUCCAGAACUCUGCCGGCAGUUUUAUCAUCUCGGAUGGGUGACCGGCACCGGCGGCGGUAUCUCCAUAAAACACGAAGACAAGAUCUACAUAGCUCCUUCCGGCGUCCAGAAGGAGCGUAUGGUGCCCAACGACAUGUUCGUGCAGGACAUCGACGGCACGGAUUUGGAACUGCCGCCGGCGGAGAAGAAGCUGAAGAAGUCGCAGUGCACCCCGCUGUUUAUGUGCGCGUAUCUGAGAAGGCACGCCGGCGCCGUGAUCCACACGCAUUCCAAGUUCGCCGUGAUGGCGACGCUACUGUGGCCUGGGAAAGAGGUCAGACUCACCCAUCUCGAGAUGAUAAAAGGCAUAUGGAAUCAGAAAGAGGGCAGAGCGUAUCGUUACGACGAGGAGCUGGUGAUACCGAUCAUAGAGAACACUCCCUUCGAGAGGGACCUGCGGGACGACUUGGACAAGACUAUCGUUCGUUACCCCGAGACGUGCGCGGUAUUGGUACGCAGGCAUGGGAUUUACGUGUGGGGCGAUUCUUGGCAACAGGCAAAAACUAUGACGGAAUGUUACGAUUAUUUGCUCGACAUUGCGGUUCAAAUGAAACAGUGUGGAUUAGAUCCGUCGAUAACCCCGGCUGAUCACGAGUUAAAAUAUCAGGCAAAUAGUACAUCAGAAGCCAGUCGUCAGUAAUUUUAAUAGAAAAUUAAUUCUUCCUGCCAAUAUUCUCUGUGCCAUGAUACCAUAAUCCCAUGUACUUUUAAGCUAUGUACACUUUUCAGAUAUUACAUGUAUAUAAAAAUUGAGAUAAAAAUAAAUUAUAAAAUUCUAAUUUUA